AUGUCAUGUCAGUCAGCCAUCUUCUUCGCCAAGUCUUCGACUGGUCAACCAGAUGGAAGUAACUGGCUCCUGUCCCUCGGAAGUUUCUGGACCGGUAUCAAAGAAAUGUCACUCAGCUCGUCAACAGGAAAACUCUCAAGCAACACCGUUACCGCGCUUGCACAGCGCACAGCGAACAACGGCGCUAUCGAAGCCAGUGUCAUUUUCAAGAACGGCAAUUUCUACUACCUUUUUACAUCCUGGGAUAACUGCUGCCAAGGUGUCAACAGUACUUACAAUAUUCGUGUAGGAAGGUCUACCAAGGCGACAGGUGGAUUCGUUGAUCAGGCUGGCGUUGCGCUCACUUCAGGCGGUGGCACGCUCGUCCUUGGGAGUCAUGACAAGAUCAUUGGACCUGGUGGCCAAGACCUAAUGGUUGACAAUGACGGUCCCAUAUUGGUCUAUCAUUACUACACGCCUUCCGGAAGUUUCCUUGGUAUCAACCGCCUUGAUUUCUCGAGCGGAUGGCCAGUCGUCGUGUAA